UUUUCAGUUCCCUCGACGACUCGUCUCUUCCUCUUUAGUUCCUCUCUUGCCGUCUUCUGCCUGGUGCUCUUCAAAAAAACGACGUCGGAUUCUUAGAGAUAUGCAUCCUUCUCAAAGCUACUAUGUGUGGGAUUGCCAGACGAGUGAACGUGUUCAAGAACCGAGCUCGGCAGUCAACUUGAUGGACGGUGGGGAUUCUAUGAUGAGCUCGGCGUCAAGGAGCCACAAGGAUGCAGAGAGGAGACGCAGGCAGCGAAUCAACGCCCACCUCUCCACCCUCCGCACCCUCCUACCUAACGCCACCAAGACAGAUAAGGCUACGUUGCUGGCGCAGGUAGUCCAGCACGUGAAGGAGCUGAGGAAGCAGGCGGAUGACGUGGCGCGUCAGGAUGGAGACGCGUGUGGUGCGAGAUCGGAGGGAGGGCUGUUCCCGGGCGAGUCGGACGAGGCCACUCUGAGUUACUGUGAGGUUGGAGAGAAGGAAAUGAAAGCGACUGUGUGCUGCGAGGACCGGCCCGGUUUGAACCUGGACUUGGCCCGGGCGAUUCGGUCGGUUCGGGCCAGGGCGGUGCGGGCGGAGAUGAUGACGGUGGGUGGGCGGACCAAGAGUGUGGUGGUGGUCAAAUGGGCUGGGAGUGGUGCUGGUGGACAGGAGGAGGUUGGGGCCUUGGAGCGGGCCUUGAAAGCUGUGGUGGAGAAUCGGGCUUCCGGGUCUGGUCUGGGCCGGGCUGUGUCGGGGAACAAACGGGCUCGGUUUUAUGGUUCGUUUGAUGAGGGUGACAAUGCGUUUUUGCUAUCAGGCCUUUGAUCUUUUCCUUUUGAGUUUGGAUUAUAUAAUGUAAAGGGGUGUUGAAGUUGGAAGAGACUGAGAGUAAGAGUAAGAGUAAGAGAGAGAGAGAGAGAGUGAAAAAAAAGAAGAAGAAAAAAUAACAAGUAGAGUGGAGUGAAUAUUUUGGUCAUGUAUUGUUAAUAGAGGAACGUAAACUAUGAGGAAUGACUUUCUACCCAAAGAAAAGCACUUGCAUAUGACUUUCUACCCA